ACAAACCCCGCGACAGCAGUCAGCCACGGGAAGGAGCUGGGACGGGCGGGAAGAAAGGACGGCCAUGUUUUGAGAGGCGGCGGCCUUUCCAGCCCGGGAAGAGGACCCCAGAGGGGGUGUGGGGAGGGGAAGGCGCCCCUCCGCGGCUCCUGAUGGAUUCCUGGGUCCGCUUCACGGCCCAGAGCCAGGGCAGGGAGCGCAUUUUCCGAGCGGCCCAGUACGCAUGCACCUUGCUGAGUUACUCACUGCAGAAGAGCAAUGCCAGUGCAGAGCUGGUGGGUCGUGUCAAGCAGUUGGAGAUGCAUAUGAGCUUGGGGAGAAAGUUGUUCCGUCUGGGAAAUUCACUGGAGGCUCUUGAGGCGGCAAAGAGAUCAAUCCACUUGUCCGACCUCGUGCUUCGCUUCUGUAUCACCGUCAGCCACUUGAACCGAGCCAUGUACUUUGCCUGUGACAACAUCUUGUGGGCCGGGAAGGUGGGCUUGGCGUCCAAAAUGGACCAGGAGAAAUGGAGCCAGCGAUCCUUUAGGUACUACCUCUUCGCCCUGAUCAUGAGCUUGACUCGAGACGCCUAUGACCUCAGCCUCCUCAUGCAACGGGAAGCGCAGAGCAGACACAAAGCCAGCACCCCGGCAGAAAAUGGCUACACGCCCAGAUCGGGAUCGGGAAUAACGCUUUUAAGGGAGAAGGCCAGAGUCCAGCUUUCCCUCCUGCACUGUGCGCUGAGAGCAAACCCCCCUCUCCUCCUCGACAUCCUCAAGAACGUAUGUGACAUCUUCAUCCCGCUGGACAAGCUGGGGCUGUUCAAAACCAACCCUGGGAUGGUGGGUGUCUGUGGACUGACAUCCUCCGCACUCUCCAUCCUCACCAUCUGCCAGCCCUGGCUCAAACUCAAGCCCUGAAUGGCCAGGGUAUCGCACCCUUUGAGUGGGGCCACUGUUUUGCCCGUGUGCGUGCGCUGAGAAGUGGGAUGUGGGUGUGUGUGCGUGCGUGUUUGAGAAAAGACCUAAUUUCUUAAUGUGUCUGUUACCCAACUUACAAUAGCAUUCCCCCCAGAGAAGGGGAGGGUG